AUGCAUUUCCACCAGAAGUUUCGCAAGCUGAAUUUUAUGACACUGCUGUUAAGGGUUGAUGUAGUUGAUGGAUUGUUUAAGGGCUACAAUGUGACAAUAUUAGCUUAUGGUCAGACUGGCUCCGGAAAAACUCAUUCCAUGGGCAUGGCUUAUUCAGUUGGACCAGUCGAGGAGAUGGGUGUUAUACCAAGAGCAGUAUCAUUUAUGGAAUUAUAUCAAGAACAAUUAUUUGAUCUUUUAUCAAAAUCAAAUAGAGAUCAAAGUAUAGUUGAUAUCAGAGAAGAUCAACAAAAAAGAAUUGUAAUUCCUGGAUUAACCGAAAUUGAAGUACGUAAUGCAAAAGAUACAUUAGAUUGUUUAGUUAGAGGAUAUCGUCGCAGAGCUGUAGGUGCAACUGCAAUGAACAGUCAAUCCAGUAGAAGUCAUGCAAUAUUCACUAUCCAUAUACAACAGCGAAAAAUCAGCGAUAAUUUAAAACAAAGAAAACAAAUGAAGGAAGAAAAAUUAAAUAUCACAAAACAUCUAAUGCCUGUGAUAGCAAUUCUGUUGGCUCGCUUCAAAACCAAUGUCAAUUGUAUUAUUCAUUUGAUCAGAAUACCUCAAUAUUUUGACUUCGAAAAUACAAGCGAGAUGGAAGAUCUGGGUUCGAUAUACUGCCUACUUUCCUACGGUACAUAUUUAUCUUGGGAAUUAAUGGAUAUAAAAUAUAUGGAUCUGAAUAAUAUGGUACUCAAUGCUGUGGUUUGUAUGAAACGAGCCGAUGUAUUAAAGUUAAAAUUGAAAGAAUAUAUUGAAAUCUGCAAGGACAUCGUAAAAAAUGUCACUCAUGAUGAUCUGCAACAAGCUGCCUUGAUUGCAAUAUGUUCAUUAGCCGCGAAUUUCAACCGAGAACUGGCCGACCAUCAAAACCCAAUAAUACACGACUUAGUAUUAAAACUCAGCUCGGAUGACAUAACGCUAAUAAAAAAGAAUGCAGAAGAGUAUGUUUUCACAAAAGAUUGGACAGGAAGACACGAAGAAGACGAGAUUCAAAUAAGCAAACGUCAUGAAGUCUUGGAGCGUUUUUGUAAACUUGUUGAAUUUAAUAUCAUACCAGUUACUAGCGCAUACUUUGUUUUAAAAUAUCAUAAAGAAAAUGGUCGCCACAAUGUGCAGCCUCAACAGGACAAAUUGCACCCUGACCAUGUUCCUGACUUUGAAGAAAAUUUAUGUGCAGAUGAAGAGUUCAUGUGCUGGCGAUGUGCUUAA